CCUAAUUGAUACAGUCAAGGUCAGUUUUAUAGAAAAAUGUAGUCCAGUUUUUCCAAAGGGGGAGGGGGUCAUAGGAGUAAUGCUGCUCCUCAUGAGUCGUGCAAAUUCAAUCAGCCUCCAUCCAAAUGUAACGAUGCCCAGCAGUUCGCUUACAUAAGAAAGGUGAGUGUUUUGGAGUGUCGGUAACAGCAAAUGACACAUUGUAUCUCACUUGAACGUCAUCAUACAAAUAUUACAAUGUUUCACGGUAAUUCGGCCAGGAGGGUCAUUGCUGUACCCCUACUCCUAUUAGGAGCCAAUAUUAGCAUUAUUUUCUUCAAUGGGCACCCCUGUGUUCUCUCUGCUGUAAAUCACUUUUUUAAUUAAUAGCAAUAACACAUACUUUCAAAUUUUCACCCUUGCUUGCACGCUGUUGUAAAAGCAUCCACGCAGAGAAGCUCACUCUUUCUCGUUUACCAUGAAAAAUGUGCAUGUAAAUGCCUUUUUAUUGACAAUGGCAACAUUGUACAGUAUUAUAAAUCAUCAAUGGAGCUUGUAUGGCUGCAGUGCUGCUGAUUUAUGGAGAUGAUGCCCUACAAAAAACACCACAAGACAGGCUAUGCUGAGCAUCAUCCCAGUUUUAAAGCUACUCCAGAUGGUUGUCUGUAAAUGAAAUGUCUUAUUAACAAACUGAAAAAGCUAAUUUUUUGUAUUGCUAAUACUUAUUUUAAGCAUGGGAUAGAUUCUAGAGAAAGAUGGGUUUUCUUUCGUUGCACACUCUUGUUAUUUCUCUGUGAAUAAUGCAUGACUCCUAAUAUAAAAAAUUCAGCCAUAUACUGGGGCUACAAUGUAGUGCAGAUCCCAAUUAGAGUUGUCAAUGCUGCACAUUACUCAUUAUGGUCUGUUCUUAAAGUGGAGUCUACGUCAACACACAAGAAAACCUUUGUUUAUCCACUCAUAACCUCUUAUUCUCCUGUCUUCCUUUGUUGCACUUUGAUUUGUGUUUUCUUAAGCUACAUUCUCAUUACAGCUGGGGCUCUUGUAGAUUUUUUUGUGUUUGUGUGUGUAGUCAUGCCACUUAACUCACCCUUGUGUGUUGCUAAUACAUCUCUGAGAAGCGUAUUGCACACUAAUUUCUCCAGAGGCUGACUGGAAGCAGCAGUAUCAUUGUACCUUUCAGAUGCUGCCGAGUCUUUUUUUUUCCUCCUCCCACUGCUGCAGGUUUAUUGUCUUCAAUAGGACUCUUUGGGUUCCUGUGUCCUCACAGCAUCUAGGGUAGUAGAAGAUCUUCAUCAGCUCUGGAGGCGGACGACACCUCUGUCAUUGAGUUGAUGUUUAUUCUCUUUGUCUCCGAAAUGUUCCAGUGCAACUUUGGCUCUAGGCUCCCUCAGAGGCAUCUUUUGAUAUCGUGCUUACAUCAGCACUUUCAAGGUUUAGGGAGCAGUGACAAUGAUGGUGCAGCUUCCAGAUAUUCCGACGGGCGGACAAAAAUGAUGACGGGAAGCUGUCUUUGGAGGAGUUCCAAUCAUACUUCAGCGACGGCGUCCUCGCAGAUGAGCAGAUGCAGGAGCUUUAUUAUUCAAUCGACAGGCAGAACACAAACAACAUGGAUAUCGACAAACUCUCAGAGUACUUCAGUCCACAUGUGGGGGAAUAUAUCAGUGUCCUGUCUGCUCUCGAAAAGCUGAACGUGGCUAUUUUAAAGGCCAUGGAUAAAACUAAAGAGGAGUAUCAGGGCUCCUCAGUGCUGGGUCAGUUUGUGACACGCUUCUUGCUGAGGGAGACCUCCACCCAACUGCAAUCGCUGCAGUCAUCACUAGACUGCGCAAUGGAGGCCGUGCAUGACCAAGGCUGCACAGGUGGGACAACAGCCAAGAAGCCCGAGGACCUGCCUAUCCAGAGGGUGACCAAACGUCCGGGACGACGCAUCCAGAAGAACAUGUGUCUCUCACCGACGGACCCUUACUCUGGCAUGCUGACCACAGGGGUCAGCGUGGAAUCAGACUACCAUUGGGGCUCCCAGGUUGGCCAAUUGGAGCAGCUCAUAGACAAACUGGACAGUGAGAGUCCACAUUUGGAGCCGCUCAAAGAAGACACACUGGCAGGGACGUAUAAAUCGAACAUUCUUUUGGUCCAAAGACAAAUGUUAGUGAAGGAGCAAGACAUGGAGAACUUUCAACAAGCUCUGAAGAACUAUACAGAGGCCAGCAGUGGACAACAAAACAACCUGCACAUUUCAGUCCAAAACUUACCAGACAGAUCAUGCUUCAUCAUGUACGAAUUUUGGCAGGAUCGUCUCUCCUGGAUGAGCUUCCUGCAGUCAGCCAUCAGUAAGACGUUCCAGCGCUGCAUCAUCGACUCACUGGAGGAGCCAGAGAUUGUCUCGACUAUGCUCCUCCCAGCUUCCUGGUGGAUUAUGAAUAACAACUGAUGGAUCAGCGCAAAUGAGAAAACUGUCCUGACAGAAAAGGAUUUCUUUUUGUUGAUCUUUAUAUAUAUAUAUAUAUAUAUAUAUAUAUAUAUAUAUAUAUAUAUAUAUACACUUUAUUAUAUAUAUAUAUAUAUAUAUACUUUAUUAUAUAUAUAUAUAUUGCUGCAAAGCUAUGCUUCAGGGCAUAAAAAAGAUAAUUUAAACCGAUGAAAGCGAGAUUGACUAGAAGGUAAUGCAAUACUUUAGUGAGAGGUCAGGAUAUGCGAUAUUGAUGGGGCACACUUUGUACUCUUGAUUUAUUGGAAGCACAAAACAUAAAAAAAGAGGUGCAUGAUUUAUGAUAUAGUACUUUCUCAUCGUACAUAAUGCAGAAAAAUAAAACAAACAUUCAACUUGACUGUCCACUCGGUCACUUUUUUCAGUUCAGACAACUAAAUAAUAAUAAUGGCAAUUCUUAAUUUAAUAAUUUCAUUACAAUGGGUCACCUUAUUUUCCUUUUGUCCUCUUUGUGAUGUUGUGUGCCGUUGCUAGCUAGCGUCUUUCUGCUGGUGGAUGAAAACGCCAUCUAACUGAGACAAAAAAAUGGUGAUCUACAUGUACACUUCAAUCUUCUGUCACUCUUGCACUUUAGAAAAAAACAUGGGCGUGAAUCGUUCAAAAGGUAGAUUUCAUGUAGAUUGUAAAUGUAUUUCUAAUGAGUUUCAAUUUAAACAUCAAUCAUGAGCAGACAAUAACCACUUAAUAACCAAAUAACAUGAAAGACACUCAAGUAGACAUUCAUACUUUGGAAGCAGAAAGUGUUGUUUGUAAUGACACUAGAGAAUACAGGUGUAUUGUGUACAGUCGUCAAUGAAAAUAGUUUGACUAGUCCAUGUACAGUUGAUGGUUGCUACUUCUUAAAUGUGCAAAGUGUUCCCGGUCAGUGCAUAAUGUAUAAUUCGUAGGAAAAAAAUAAAAUAACGCACAGACCAUUCCCUCUUUUUUUUCUCUCUCUCUUACUUUGUCAAGAAUGUGAAACUGUUCUGUGGAUGUUUUGUUUGUUUUCUGGAAUGCAAUAAAGUUAAUGACAUGCACAAAAUGUUCCGCCGCUUGCUUCAUUAAAUGGAGGCUUUUCCGUGCUUUGCUUAUUUAUUUUAAUGGCUUUUCCUUUUUAUAUGUUGUACGGUUUUCAUACUGUACAUUCUUCAUGUGUUUUAAGAUUAAUUUUGGGCCCG